CCCCUUCAUUUCUCUAUCACACCCAAAAAAAAACCUCCAGAAAAUUUCUCCCAUCAACAUCACAGAGAUCUCAAUGGCAGGUGGAAAGAUCAAGGUCGGAAUCAACGGUUUUGGAAGGAUCGGGCGAUUGGUGGCGAGGGUGAUCCUUCAGAGCGAGGAUGUCGAGCUCGUCGCCGUCAACGAUCCCUUCAUCACCACCGAUUACAUGACCUACAUGUUUAAGUAUGACAGUGUCCAUGGGCAAUGGAAGCACCACGACAUCAAGGUCAAGGACUCUAACACCCUUCUCUUUGGUGAGAAGCAAGUUGCUGUAUUUGGUUGCAGGAACCCGGAGGAGAUCCCAUGGGGCAAGGCUGGUGCAGAUUUUGUUGUGGAGUCAACUGGUGUCUUCACUGACAAGGACAAGGCUGCUGCUCAUUUGAAGGGUGGUGCCAAGAAAGUUGUCAUCUCUGCACCAAGCAAAGAUGCACCAAUGUUUGUGAUGGGAGUGAACCAUAAGUCAUACACACCAGACCUUAACAUUGUCUCCAACGCUAGCUGCACAACCAACUGUCUAGCUCCUCUUGCCAAGGUCAUUAAUGAUAAGUUUGGCAUUAUUGAGGGCUUGAUGACCACCGUCCAUGCAAUGACUGCCACCCAGAAGACUGUUGAUGGACCAUCUAGCAAGGACUGGAGGGGUGGAAGAGCUGCAAGCUUUAACAUCAUCCCUAGCAGCACAGGAGCUGCUAAGGCUGUUGGAAAGGUGCUCCCAGCUUUGAACGGCAAAUUGACUGGAAUGGCUUUCCGUGUGCCUACCAUUGAUGUCUCUGUUGUGGACCUUACUGUCAGGCUUGAGAAGAAAGCCACUUAUGAUGAUAUCAAGGCUGCAAUCAAGGCAGAGUCCGAGGGAAACCUAAAAGGAAUCUUGGGCUAUGUUGAGGAGGACCUCGUCUCCACAGACUUCCAGGGUGACAACAGGUCAAGCAUUUUCGACGCCAAGGCUGGAAUUGCUUUGAACGACAACUUCGUUAAGCUCGUCUCUUGGUAUGACAACGAGUGGGGAUACAGCACCCGUGUUGUUGACCUCAUCCGCCACAUGAGCACCGCCAAAUAGGGGUUUUCUCUUGCCGCCGUUGGUUGCUGAUGAUCUGAGUCUGCCGGUUUCUUCUUGCACUUAGUUGGUGGUUCUGGUUAUUUGUUCGGAAUAAUUUCUUUGCAUUGAAUUCCCUCCUUUUAUAAAGGGCUUUUAACAUUAGUUUUGUUGGGCGUGAGUUCGGCCCAAUCUUUUCUUUUCUUUUUCUGCAAGAUAUUUGGAACUGAACUCUUCACGUUUCCUGCAAGAUAAUUUGGUCAAAAUUAAAGUAUCGCUUUCUUUCUA